AUGUCGUUUACGAAAUCAGUCCUUUGUCUCUUCGCCAUCAUAGCUAGCUGUAAAGCUAGCGGCCUUGGACUACUACCUCACGCACAUGUAGCAGCGGUGAAGUCAUUCCCGAUCGUGCGAUACGCCCCAUUCUACAGCUUUCCAACCCCAGUGCGAUCGAUCCACGCGAUAUCACCAGGAUUUCCGGCGGUGGCUUCUUCGCUAGCCGCAGCACCGAUAUUGCCUCCACCUUUACCUCUUCAAGUUGCCCCAGCUCCAGUAUUGCCAGCACCUUUACCAGCCGUUGCCCCAGCCCCACUGCCUCCCCCAGUAUACCCUGCUCCAGCUUUUUCAGUAGCACCCGCACCGGUAUUUGCUUCUGCUUACCCACGAUUUGCGCCAGCUAUUGCUGCACCAGUCUUCCCAAGAGCUUUACCAAUACCCGCUCCGUUUGCACCUAUCAUCAGGCCAGUGGCUCCAGCUUUAGCCCCAGCACCUGUUAUUGGGCCUGCACCAUCUGUUGCCUUUGCUAGGGCAUAUCCCUACUCCUUCGGUGCUCCCGUCUUACCAGCACCAGCUAUACCAGCGCCGGUUUUACCCGCACCAGUAGUGAAACAGUACGCGUGGAAGUAA